AUGGAACUGCAAGGCCUGCAAGAGGCGCUGAAAGUAGAGAUCCAAUGUCAUCAGGAAGCUGAGCUACGCAGACAAACGGCGGAAAAGCAAUUAAAAAUAAACGGGCUUGGACAGAAGCAGAACCAGACGUUGUGCAAAGGCCUGAAUGAGCUUCAGAACGGUCAGAAACUCGCCGUCAGAAGCUGCCCCGUGGGGACGACCAAGCCGCUGUCGCUCAUCAAGCCUCCCAGCCAGGGCAUCGCCAUCUCCGUGGUGCCGGCCAAGGCGCCCGUUUCCAUGGUGACCGCGCACAUCAACGGGCAGAAGGUGGCGAGCUCGGAGCCUCUUCAGACGUCCCCCAUCAACCUGCAGACGGGCGGCAGGGCAGCGGCGGGCGCCGGAGCCCACCCGUUCAGUGGCAGCAGGAGGGUCGGAGAGCUGCCCCCCUCUCAGAUGCUGGGAACUCUCCACGCUUGUCCCAUCAAGGUGCCUCAGGUCAGCUCUCUGCACCGGCUGGCAGGACCAGCAACCACUGUGCUACCUCAGGUCAGGCCAAAGACCCAGAUCCCCGACAGCCUCCCCCACCGUCCCUGCCAGGACCUGCAGCCCCUCAGCCUGCAGAGAGCCACCGCCGUCCUCAGUUCCAGGGUCCAGGGCCCCCCCGCCCUGCCCACCGUCAACCACCACCAGCCCAAUGGACAGAAAGACGCUCCGUCGGGGGCGCUGGCCCAGCACGCGUCUGCAGGACCCGGCGUUGCGUACGCCAUCAUCGCCACCUCCCCCGCCACCGGGCACGGGGUGUCCGCCGUCGGAGAGGCGGUUAAGGUGAUAAUCAUCCAGCCGCAGGCCCCCAGCUGUACUGACGGGUCCCCCGGGGCCCAGGCUGACCCCCCAUCACAGGAGGCCCCGCCUACCCCGAAAUCUGCUCCUCACAAGAAGGAGGAGGACCCCGAGAAAGUGGCCUUCAUGGUGGCCCUCGGCCUCGUCACCGCCGAGCAGCUGGAGGAGAUCCAGACGAAGAGGCAGGAGAGGAAGAGGAGAAGCACAGCCAACCCGGCCUACAGCGGCCUGUUCGAACCCGAGAGGAAACGCCUGCCGUCACAUUACCUGAACAGCUCGCUCUUCCUGUCGGCUCGAGACUCUGAGGAUUUCUGCUGGAAGGAUGAGCUGGAGCACGAGGACCGCUGCGCCGUCUGUAAGGAGGACGGAGAGCUGCAGCUCUGCCACAACUGCCCCCGCGCCGUCCACCCCGCCUGCCUCCACCCGCCACUCAGAAGCCCCCCCCGAGGGCCCUGGUACUGCUCCAAGUGCCAGAAGAAGGUUCUGAACAAAGAGAACCUGUCGUGGCCUCAGAACUUCGUCGAGUCCUACGUUACACACAAGACAGUCAGGCAGGAAGAGAAGCGGCGGCUGCUGAGGCGGAACACAGAACUGAAGAACGAGUGCUCUCACCUGGAGGAGGAGGACCAGAAGCUCAACACGACGCUCAAGGUCUGCGUGGACCAGCGGGAGCGGCUCCUGGGCCAGCAGAGAGACACGCAGGCGUCCCUGGAACGCCUCAGAGGCCUCGUCAGGCUCAUCCAGCGGGACCAGCUGAUCCAGGUCACCAUGACGACCACGCUGUCCGAGCCGUGGAUCAAACCCACCAGCGCCGCCUCGCCGCCGGCCGCGCACCUCGUCCAGGACGACGCCAAGAACUGAGUUCCUCCCGAGUCACAUCUGAAGAGUUUCUGAAACCCAACACCUGCAGUGCUUACGAGAUUUUUUAUUUGAGUUAUUUUCUAUUUAUUCUUCGCCUUAAUGUAUUUAUGACCACGAUAGAGCCCAGCGUUUCCGUGGAAACAGGAAGUCACAGGAGCGACCGUUUCCAACCCGAGAACAAAGUUUCUGCCAAACAAACGAGCUUCUGUACGAAAACGAGCCUUCAGACAAAACCAGAGAAUUACGUUUUUCAGUAUUAAUAGAGUUAAAAUCAAAGUAUUUAAGAUGAAACUACAGAAAUUAGCUUUCUAGUGGAGAGUUUAGUAUUUUCAUGCUGAUGCCUGUUGAUAAAUGUGAGUUUGAGUAUUGGAGGGGGUCACUGUACAUACGUGUCAUCGUUUCAAUCACUUCUGAAACAAGCCACGCCCCGUUCACAGCUCGAAACGGGAAGUUUACGUUGCCACG